AUGAAACCUGUAGAAAUUGUGCCAAACCUCUCUAUUGCAUCAUCAAAGGCAGAAUCAAGAGAUAUGAUUCGCAAUGUUGAGCAAAAUCAAAAAAGAAAUUCACCAAAAAGAAUUAAAUGUGGAGCCAAUAAACUGACCACAGACUGCAGAUGCUUCAUAAAAAGAAUGAAAAAUAUUGCUGUCAAAGAAAAUAAGCUUGAAAAGCCAUUUUCAGAAAGAUUUGAUGCUGCUAAAAUUCUAAGCCAUAACCAAUUAUUUAAUAAAAGUUUUGGCAAAAUGACACAACAGGCACAAGAUUUUCUUCUAAUGCAGUUGAAAAUGGCAAGUAAAAAGAAGAAAGCAAUGAGGUACACCACAAAUGAAAAGCUCUUGUCACUGUCCCUAAUGAAGGAAAGCCCCAAAGGAUAG